AUGUAUGAGAGCAGAUACGACGGUCAUGGGGGUCGAGAAUGUGUUGAAUUCGUGAGAAAAUAUCUGCAUAUCAAUUUCGUGAAUCAACUUCAUCAACAAGGCGGUUUCGACAAUUCUGAGAACGUCUUUGGCGACGUAUUGAAGUGCUUGAUGCAGGCACAUAAGGAGACAGAUGAAGCCUUUAUCAAGACUGCCACUGAGGAAGACUGGUCGAGUGCCGCGGGUUCGCCACCACAGGGGCACAUCUAUUGUCGUUCAAGUGGUCUUAGGUUGUGUAUCAGUGAUAGUCCUUAUCAUGGGCAACGCGAUAAUCUGUGCCAAUACCGGGGACGCUCGGGGAGUGCUAUCUCGGAAUGGGAGGUGAGUUGUGUAUCAGUGAUAGUCCUUAUCAUGGGCAACGCGAUAAUCUGUGCCAAUACCGGUGACGCUCGGGCAGUGCUAUCUCGAAACGGGAGGGCGAUAGCUUUAUCGAAUGAUCAACGCCCUUCACGACAAGAUGAAUUUAAAAGGAUUCGAGAAGCAGGGGGGUUUGUGUUCUUCGGCAGAGUAUUGGGAAAAUUAGCAGUGUCUCGAGCGUUUGGCGACCUGGAGUAUAAAACUGGCUUGCCCGAUGAUCAGCCGCCAUUGGUCAUUCCUGAUCCUGAAAUUCAUGCCGACUUCAUCAAGGACGAAGACGAAUUCAUUGUUAUUGCCUGUGAUGGUCUCUUUGAUGUCCUCUCCUCACAGGAAGUCGUUGACUUUGUACGGAAUCGGCUAAGCCGGAUGCCUAAGGGCGAGCAGGAUCCAGAAAUCGUGUGUCAUGAUCUGGUGAAUGAGGCGAUAUUAGAGAAGAACUCUCGAGAUAACGUUACCUGCAUGAUCGUGAUGCUGAAGAGGUCGAUAAAAGGCAGAAAUUAA